CCCCUCGACGCGAGCCCUUCCCUCCUCCCACUCGCAGCCCGCCGGUCAGGCAGGAAGGUAGGCAGUGGUUCUACCGGCGGUUAGUUCUCUCCCCACUGUUGUCCUCCUUCCUCGUUCCCGAUCGCCGGCAGCGGCGGCUUGGUCCCGGGCGGCGGCGCGGUUCCUGCGGGGAGCGCAGCAUAAGCCGAGCGGCAGCCGCGAAGCGUCGAGCCCAACGCGGCGGCGGCGGCUGUGCAGCCAACAUGGCGGCGGCGGCGGCGGCGGGCCCGGAGAUGGUCCGCGGGCAGGUGUUCGACGUGGGGCCGCGCUACACCAACCUCUCGUACAUCGGAGAAGGCGCCUACGGCAUGGUUUGCUCUGCAUAUGAUAAUCUCAACAAAGUUCGAGUUGCUAUCAAGAAAAUCAGUCCUUUUGAGCACCAGACCUACUGUCAAAGAACCCUAAGAGAGAUAAAAAUCUUACUGCGCUUCAGACAUGAGAACAUCAUCGGCAUCAAUGACAUCAUCCGGGCACCAACCAUUGAGCAAAUGAAAGAUGUAUAUAUAGUACAGGACCUCAUGGAGACAGAUCUUUACAAGCUCUUGAAGACACAACACCUCAGCAAUGACCAUAUCUGCUAUUUUCUUUAUCAGAUCCUGAGAGGAUUAAAAUAUAUCCAUUCUGCUAAUGUUCUGCACCGUGACCUCAAGCCUUCCAACCUCCUGCUGAACACCACUUGUGAUCUCAAGAUCUGUGACUUUGGCCUUGCCCGUGUUGCAGAUCCAGAUCAUGAUCACACAGGGUUCUUGACAGAGUAUGUAGCCACGCGUUGGUACAGAGCUCCAGAAAUUAUGUUGAAUUCCAAGGGUUACACCAAAUCCAUUGACAUCUGGUCUGUGGGCUGCAUCCUGGCAGAGAUGCUAUCCAACAGGCCUAUCUUCCCAGGAAAGCACUACCUUGACCAGCUGAAUCAUAUCCUGGGUAUUCUUGGAUCUCCAUCACAGGAAGAUCUGAAUUGUAUAAUAAAUUUAAAAGCUAGAAACUAUUUGCUCUCUCUCCCGCACAAAAAUAAGGUGCCAUGGAACAGGUUGUUCCCAAAUGCUGACUCUAAAGCUCUGGAUUUACUGGAUAAAAUGUUGACAUUUAACCCUCACAAGAGGAUUGAAGUGGAACAGGCUCUGGCCCACCCAUACCUGGAGCAGUAUUAUGACCCAAGUGAUGAGCCCAUUGCUGAAGCACCAUUCAAGUUUGACAUGGAGUUGGACGACUUACCUAAGGAGAAGCUCAAAGAACUCAUUUUUGAAGAGACUGCUAGAUUCCAGCCAGGAUACAGAUCUUAAAUUUGGUCAGGACAAGGGCUCAGAGGACUGGACGAGUUCAGAUGUCGGUGUCCCCCCAGUUCUUUACCCUGGUCCUGUCUCCAGCCUGUCUCGGCUUACCCACUCUUGACUCCUUUGAGCCGUUCAGAGGGGCAGUUUCUGGUAGUAGUGGCUUUUAUACUUUCACAGAAUUCCUUCAGUUCAGAGAGUUCUCCUGGCACCAGGCCGUGCAGCAGUGUGCACUUUCAAUGCACCUAACUGCUUACUGUUGUUUAGUCACUAACUGCUUUCUGGUUUGAAAGAUGCAGUGGUUCCUCCCUGUCCUGAAUCCUUUCUACCUGUCAUCUGCUGAACCAUCAGCCUCAUCAGAGCCAGAGUCUUUCCAGACUUGAUCCAGUUACUGGCACCUCACUUCACAGUAGGGAAGCACCUUAAGUCAGUGACAGCUCCAAGUUUGCACUUCCUCUGUUGGCUAGUAACUGUCUACCUAGACAGAGUGGGAGCUUGUACAUGUCCCUGGGUGGUAUCACAGGCUGCAGGGGCAGGUGCUUCUGCUGCAGGAGUGCUUUGGGGCAUUUUUCUGUGUAUCAUGUUAGUCUCAAAUUUAAGGUAUGUACUAUUUGCCCAACUUUUUAAAAAUUUGAUCAUUGUUUAAAUUAAAUAGAAAGGAAGCAUUGCACCAGCAAUGUUAUUCUGCAGGUUUUAUAUGGUUACUUAUAUUGUAAUGGAGGUAUAGCUCUUGCCAAAAUGAUACAUGCUAUCCUUAGCCAGAGAUUGAAAGUAACAGCUGUGUUUGACAUUUCCUGCAAGAUGGACAUGCACAAAGCUGUGGAAGUUUCCAGAACAGUAAAGAGCAAGCUGACCUAGAUGUUUCAGGGCGGAGCUCCAUAUAGCCUUGAACUGUCCCACACAUAUGGCUGUUUUUGUAACCACAUUCACUGCCUUGGGAUUUAGCUAAAAGGAACACUGCAUCUUUAAAUGAGAAAGUGUACAGUUCUUCCCCUGCAGCAUGCCAGCAUCUCGAGCUCAUUCUUCAGCAGUGUAAUGACUUGUAUGUAAUAAAGCCUUCAUGAGCUCUCCUCACAAAGCUCUGUUCUGUUGCCAAGUUAGAGAUGUUUCUGGUACUGCUGAGUUAAUGGCAUAAAAGGCUAGCAGUAACUGUUCGAGCUCUCUUUUAUUUCCUUCUCUCCUCUAUUUUGUUCCUGCACUAUGUGCUGUGGAGUUGAUGGUGUUAUCCCAGUGCGGUGCCUCCUGACCCCCUCACUGCUCUCUGAUGAGAAAUAUGCCUUGUUCAAUACUUACUGUGCUCUUGCAUGACUGUUAAGGUCUCUGUGCAGAGACCAAUGUCUAAGUGUCACAUCCUUUGAUUGAGCAAAAUCUGUUGUGACCUCUGAGUUGUAUUCCAUGAAGAGAAUGCUACCCAGAAGAUAAUGUAGGAAAGAUAAUUAUAUUGUUAACUUUUCAUUUCUCAGCUGUCCUUUUGUUUUCUUGGUUUUUAUUUUUUAUUUUUUUAUUUUGACAUCAAUGGAAAAUGGGUUCUAUAAAGACUGCCUGCUAAUAUGAACAGCAAUGCAAUGCACUUGUAACUCAUGGAAAUAAAUGUACAUCUUUAUCUUUACACCGAUGAUAAGAUUCAGUGUUGAUUUCCUCUGGAUCGGUAUGUCCUAAGUAGACAGUCAUAAUCAAUUUAUGGCUUGAGACAAGAAUGUUCAUGGGCCUUACUCUGCUUCCUCUCCCUAAGCUUACCUCCCCAUCUACUGCCCCUUUCAUCCGUUUACAUAAGAUGGCUUAGAAAGGACCUUUCCAGCUGCACAUGGUGCCGUGUACCUUUAAUCCCAGCAUUCAGAAAUCAGGCAGGUGGAUUUCUGAAUUGGAAGCAAGCCUGGUUUGCACAGGGAGGUCCAAGACAGUUGGCACUCUAUAGGCCCUGUCUCAAAAAGUCCUCCCCUUCUGCCUCUGAGCAGCAAGUGAAUCUGACAUGAUCCUCUCUUAAAAACAUCUCUCAAGUAGUCAGAUGUUGAUGUUGGCACCUAAACAUACCCAAGUGGAGUCUGGUUCCCUCUGAAAAGGGCCUUCUUACUUCUGUAUCCUAGAGCUGUGGGAAGGGCUGUUGAACAUCCCAUGGUACCUGCGACCAGGUUCAGGGUAACACAUACCUCACGUGGCUAAAGGAUGACUGACUUAUCCCAGAAACCAGAUCUCAGUUCUUGGCCUAAAUCCCUGCUUUUCACUUCCACACGUGAAGCCUACCUGACAUUGAAGGAAUAGAGGUUCAGCUUUCAUUGAUACAGUAGUAGUCAGUUUUCCUUUUUCUUUUUGUCUUUUUUUAAAGCACUGACAGUUCUCCUACUUGUUUCUUUUUUAUUUUUAAUCCCAUGAGAUUAAUUUGCAGUCUUCUGAAUAAGGAAACCAUAGCCUCAUCUUCUUGAGGACUGAGCUUUCUGCUCUUCCUGGCACUGUGGAGAGAGCUUGGUGUGAGAUCACUCCCUUCAUCCUAAUCACUGUAUCAUAAGCAGUGUGGCUUUCUUCUAGCCAUUGGAACUAAUAGCUGCUAGCUGUCAGGUAUAGGAACACUUAUUAUUUUGGUUCUCGAAUUUCUAAAAAAUGUUUAGAUAAGGUCAUCUCCAUACUGGUGUCAUUGAGUGCCUCUACUAUUCAUACACAUAGAUAAGCUAUCUGGUGGGUGGGCUUUUUGUCCAAGACUUAAUAUGUGAGCCAAAAAACAAAAGCAUGAAAACAUUUAGCAUGAAGGAGAUAGCUAUCUAAUAAUCCCAGAGCGCUUGAGGAUACCAGCAUCCAGAGCUGGCACCGACCUACUGUGUGGUGCAUUUUUACUGCCCCCACCCUAUCCUUCUCAUUUGACUAUAGGCAGCGCUUGGGCUGGGCAUGACCAUUAGUUUUGGGAUGCUGUGAGUUAACAGCAGCUAUCUCUGAGGAAUCACAAAGGUAGACGCUACACUGCAUGCCACAUAGUGUUCCAACCACUUAGCAGAGACUUCAUCUGCUUUGGGUAGUACUUGCAUUCAUAGUAAUAGUUAGGUUUGAGCUUUUGGUGACUUCUACAAUAUGGCAACACAUUCAUAUAUGCAUAUGCUUUGGGUCCUUUAUACUACUUUUAUAUAUGUAAAUCAGUGUUUUGGAGCAAUUCCAAGUUUAAGGGAAAUAUUUUUGUAAAUGUGAUGGUUUUGAAAAUCUGAGCAAUUCUUUUGCUUACAAGUUUUUUUUUUUAAGCAUUUAUGCUUUAAAAUUGUUAUGUAGUGUUUGGAAUAUGGUACCCUAUAACCCAGAUAAGAAACAUAAGAGUGGAGUAAACGCUGUCACUUGUCACGCUGUGUCCAGCUUGGCGUACUGGAUCACCAGUGGGACUCCGGAGUCCCAAGGGUUACAGCAGCUUACCUGAAGCUCGCUGCCUUUCUGUGCCAUCCACCCUUCAGAGCACUCCAGAAAGUUCUGACGCGGCUUUGUAUCUGCUUUCUACUGUGGAUGCCUAUUUUGGUAUUGUAUCCCAAACUGCAUAGAUUAUUUAGGAUAAUGGUAAGUUUAAAAAAAAUUAAUCUUGAAGGAAGAUUUUAUUAAGAAUUUAAAUGUUUUUUCAUUAUUGUUAAACUUGAACAUUUAUCUGUGGCUUAUGUGAUUUGGUUAAUAUGUAUAGAAAUUGUAAGAGGUUUAUAUUUCAUCUUAAUUCUUUUGAUGUUGUAAACGUGCUUUUCAAUUAUUUGAAUGUUUAUGGCACCUGACUUGUAAAAAGAAUUACAAAAAAAAA